GGAUGUUUUGGCAUUAAUAUAAUAAUUAUUAUUGUUCCCAGCGACAUGUCAUAGUGCUGUGAUCUGUUGCAUGAAUUUGUGUAUAUAAAUGGAGGAUAGGAGGAUCCCAAGGCCAAGCCACAUAUCCCAUUGCAAAGCUAAGAGAGAAUUGAGAGAAGUGAGAAGAUCAUGGGGUCGGCAGUAAUCUCCAUUCAGCUUCCAGAAUUAGAUCAAGAUCAUGGACAUGGAGUUGGAGUUGAAGUAAAAGAGGAGAAGAAGAAGGUGCAGUAUUGGUGGUUGCUAUACUCGGCCAUCACUGACAGAAUAAAGAAGGUGCAAAAUAUGAGGAAAAUAAUCCACAGUGUUAAGGUUGGGAUCGCCUUGGUUGUGGUCUCACUUCUGUAUCUCCUGGAUCCUCUCUACAAGCAGGUGGGAGACAAUGCCAUGUGGGCUAUUAUGACCGUCGUUGUUGUGUUCGAGUUCUACGCUGGAGCCACGCUGAGCAAGGGCCUAAACCGAGCCUUCGGAACCAUCUUGGGUGGUGGCUUAGGCUGCUUGGCCGCAACUUUCGCCCAAGAUGUUGGUGGACUUGCCAGCGCCAUCAUCAUUGCAACUACUGUCUUUCUCUUUGGAGCGAUAGCGACGUACUCGCGGCUGGUGCCGAGCAUAAAGAAGAGAUAUGACUAUGGAGUGAUGAUAUUCAUAUUGACGUUUAAUUUGAUAGUGGUGUCUGGUAUGAGAGCAGAUAAGAUAAUGGGAUUGGCAAGGGAACGGUUGUCAACCAUUGGAAUGGGUUUUGCAGUGUGCAUCCUCAUAAGCUUGCUCAUCUUCCCCAGUUGGGCUAGUGACGAGCUUCAUCAUUCCACAGCCCACAACUUCCAUGACAUAGCCAACUCCAUUCAAGGAUGCAUGGAGGAUUACUUCAAUUCAACUGAUGAAAAGAAGAAGAAGAAGAAGAAGUCGGAUACCAGUUUCAGCAUUUGCAAAUCAAUCUUAAACUCAAAAUCAAAAGAGGAGUCACUGGCAAAUUUCGCGAAGUGGGAACCAUGGCAUGGAAAAUUUGGUAUCAACUACCCAUGGAAGAAAUAUCUGGAAAUUGGAGAGCUUGUAAGAGAGGUAGCUGCCACAGUCCUUUCAAUCAAACCUUGUCUUCAAUCACCAAGACAGGCGGCGGCGUCAUCAGGCAUGAGAGAGGCAAUGAAGGAGCCAUGUGAGACGGCUGGGUCAUCCAUAGCAUGGACUCUCAGAGAGCUUGGAGAAGGCAUCAAGAAAAUGAAAAAAUGUGAAAUAGGGGGUGUCAUACUGCCCAAAUUGAAGUCGCUUAGACAAGAACUGAGCGCUGCUUCCAAGCUAGGCCCACCGGACAAUUCUGAUGCACUUGCAACUGCUACCUUCCUCUUCUUCAUCAUGGACAUUUUGGAGAAAGUAGAAGAGCUUGCAAAAGAAGUUGAAGAGCUUCAGGACGCUGCUGGGUUUCGUACCUCUUGAGUUUUCAUCAUUUCUUCUGUAUGCUUCUAUUGGUCUUGUGCAUACAAUCACUUGCAAAAUUUUUUAUAUGCUCUUAAAAGAUACAUGUAUAUUGAAACACGGAGAAUGAUAAAGGAGUAGAAUAAGAGAUAAAGCUUUAAACUUUGCAGUC